AUGUCACGGUUUGAUCUCGAGUUUCACUUCUUCCAAGAGCAGAGCGGCCUGCAGGGCUACAUAUACUUCUCAGAAGACCUCUUCGCCGCUGAGACGAUAUCAUGCCUAGCGUUUGUUUUAGAGAGCUUGCUCGACCAGUGUCUCGCCGAACCCGAGACAAAGAUUGCGUCAACGCGACUUAUGACCGACAAGGCAUACGCUCAGCUGAACCAGAUGGAGCUGCUUCAAGUAGAAUACAAGACAUGUUCUCGAGAGUCAAGUAUCGUCGACGUCUUCCGGGAGCAAGUUGCUGCGUGGCCUGCUAAGGUUGCGGUCAAAGAUACAUCUGGAGAGAUGACCUACGCCCAAGUAGACGCGCAGUCAGACAGAAUCGCUCAGACGCUCGCGGCGAGGGUUUUGACUCCCGAAACUGCAAUCGGCGUAUUUGCAACUCGACGCUGCGAGACGAUUGUCGCCUUUCUUGGCAUUCUAAAGGCAGGGUUGGCCUACAUGCCUUUUGAUACGCAAGCACCAGCAAGGCGGAUUGAAUCUAUCCUAUCAUCCUUCUCGGGACAGAAGCUCUUACUAGUUGGCAUGGAUGUUGAGGCCCCUUUUCUUAGAUUGACAGACGUCGAGUUUGUACGCAUUGCCGACAUGUUGAACGAGGCCACCGACAAUAGUCUCACACGGCGUGCCUUGGAAGGCAAUUCCACUCUCAGACCGUUUGCCACCAGCCUGGCGUACAUUAUAUUCACGUCGGGCUCGACUGGUCAGCCUAAGGGGGUCAUGGUAGAGCAUCGCGGCAUUGAUGCCCUACUCGAAGCGUUUACUCGACACAGUAUCCGGGUCGCCAUCUUCACCCCUGCUCUCCUCAAGCACUCUCUAGCCGCAUCUCCGCGCACAAUUGGCACACUUGAUGUGCUACUUGUAGGCGGAGACCGAGCUGAUCCAGGAGACAUGUUCGCAGCACAGAGCUUGGUAAAGAGUAAGGUAGCCAACGCAUAUGGGCCGACUGAGAAUUCAGCCAUAAGCACGCUAUAUAUUUUGACCGAAGACGAGAGGUGUGUAAAUGGUGUGCCUAUCGGCAGAGCUAUCAGUAGCUCGGGCGCCUAUGUCAUGGAUGCUGAGCAGCAGCUUGUGCCACUUGGUACCAUUGGCGAGCUAGUGGUAACUGGAGACGGUGUUGCGCGAGGAUACACAGACCCUAAGCGCAACAUCGACCGCUUUGUUACAGUCACUGUCGGCAACACUACUAUGCGAGCCUACCGAACGGGCGACUACGUACGGCAGCGACCCACAGAUGGGCAACUUGAAUUCUUUGGUCGUAUUGAUGGGCAGGUCAAGAUCAGAGGCCACCGCAUUGAGCUUGGAGAGAUCGAGAACGUCCUUUGUAGCCACAGAUGCGUGCGCGAUGCCGCAGUGGUGUUGGCACAGAAAGACCACAGCACCCAGGGACUCUUUGGCUACGUCACACUCAAUCAAGAAGCCAGAAUGACGGACGAUCAGGUUGAGGACAAAAGCCAGCUGCAGCAUGCCGAGAUGAACGAGUGGCUAGACGACACCAUUCGUGCCAUCUAUGCAGUUACUAACGGCCAGCCAGGGCACAUCCUAGAGAUCGGCUCAGGUACUGGGAUGCUUCUCUUCAACCUAAGUAAUGGCCUGCAGAGCUACGUGGGGCUCGAUCCGUCUGAGAAGGCAGUCAGAUUCAUCACGGAGACGGCUAGGUGCACCCCUUUGCUUACGAACAAGGUGCGCAUGUACAAGGCCACAGCAACAGACACUAGUCGCAUAGAACGGCCCUUCAAGGCCGAUCUGGCUAUUCUGAACUCAGUCGUGCAGUACUUCCCCAGCCAAGAAUAUCUGUUCCGGGUAGUGGAAGAUCUGCUUCAUGUUGAUGGCAUGAAAAUGCUGUUCUUUGGCGACAUCCGAUCUCAUGCGCUGCACCGAGAGUUCCUGGCGACGAGGGCACUGCGGAUUGCGGGUAACAGGGCGAGCAAAGAAGAAAUUCAACGCAUGCUAGAAGACAUGGAGCAGGUUGAGCGCGAGCUGCUGAUCGAUCCUGGGUUUUUUACCUCUUUGCCGAGUCGUCUACCCAACCUUGUUGAGCACGUAGAGAUUCAGCCUAAGAGGAUGAAGGCAACUAACGAGCUAAGCUGCUACCGGUACACCGCAAUCGUUCACACGAAGUAUGGAAAGACACUAUGCAAAGAGGCGCGACGUGUCCACGAAAGCGAAUGGCUUGAUUUUGAGAAGCAGAAACUGGAUCGUUCAUCUCUAUUGCGACGACUGGAGAAUCUCUCUAGCGCGCACACCAUAGCCGUCAACAAUAUUCCUCAUAGUAAGGCCAUCUUCAGUCGGUGCCUCUUAGGCUCCCUGAACGACAAAGCGCCAGCCCAGAAGGAGUGGAUUUCUUCGGUUCGCCAGCAAGCAGAGCAAACACCGUGUCUUUCCGCUACAGACCUAGUCAAUGUGGCUGAAGAAGCUGGCUGCUGUGUAGAGAUCAGCUGGAGCAGACAGUACUCUCAGCGCGGGGGGCUAGACUGCAUCUUUUACCGUCGUCAGCCUGGUGAUGAAGCGUCUCGAGUGCUAUUCGAGUUCCCUAGCGACCACGCGGAUCGACCACAGCACACAUUCAGCAACAGACCGUUGCAGCAGCAGUUUAUCAAAGAAGUGCAACACCAACUCGAAGAAAUUGUGCGACUCCAACUCCCUGCAUACAUGGCCCCGCAGUCCAUUCACAUUCUUGAAAAGCUCCCAAUCAACGAGAACGGCAAGGUGGAUCGAAAGGCGCUCGCUCAGAAAACACCGCUCCAGAUAACAGGCACUCAAGACGCGAAGCGGCAGCCAGAGACACAGGCCGAACGGACGAUGCAGCAGCUGUGGGCACAGGUGCUAGUUAUCGAGGCGAGCCGCAUUGGCCUGGACAACAGCUUCUUCCACCUUGGCGGCGACUCCAUCACCGCCAUGAAGCUGGUGGCCAUGGCUCGAGAGGAAGGAGUAGGACUCACGGUCGCGAACAUCUUUCAGUAUCCCACGCUGGUCGAUCUGGCAGCUUUGACUAGCCAAUGCGCUCCUACCCUUGGUAGCGACAUUGCUCCGUUUUCUCUACUAGAUCCCAGCCUGGAUGUUGUGCAAGUAUGCCAAGAGAUUGCCGCAAGCUGCAAUGUAGACUCAAGUCUGAUUGAAGACGUCUACCCGUGCUCACCUCUACAGGAGGGUCUAAUGUCACUAACGUCGAGGCGAACAGGCAACUAUAUCAUGCAGAGCGUGCUAGAGCUGCAUAGCGACAUAGAUGAAGGCGCUUUCCGGGCAGCGUGGGAGCAGGUGAUCCUGUCAUCAGCCGUGCUGCGUACCCGGAUCGUGCAGCACAGUAUGCUGGGCCUGUUUCAGGCUGUCGUUGCAGAAGGCAUACAGUGGGCCGAGUUUAAUGACCUGCAAACGUACCUCGCGAAGGAUAAGUCUAUAACAAUGCAGCUGGGCGACCUUCUAGCGCGCUAUGCACUUGUUAAGGAACGCGAGGGCGAGAAGCGCUGGUUUGUGUGGACCAUUCACCACACUUUGUACGAUGGCUGGUCUCUGCCACGCAUCCUAAAUGCGGUUGGGAGGGCGUACCGAGAGAAUGCAGUCGAGAAGCCCACUGGAUUCAACGCCUUCAUCCAGCAUCUUGGCCAGCAAAAUCAGGAGGCGAUCACGAAGUACUGGCAAGCCACGCUUGCCGACUGCAAAGGGACUGUAUUCCCACCGCUAUCGUCAUCAGUACAGCAGCCUGUUGCGGAUGCAAUGCUAGAAUACCAGUGCCCGCCACUCCCUAAGACGAUAUCCAACACAACUAUGUCGACGCUAAUCCGCGCUGCGUGGGCUAUUGUCACUGGGAACUAUACUAACUCAGAUGAUGUUGUCUUCGGGGUAACAGUAAUAGGCCGGAACGCACCAGUCCCUGGAAUUGAGGCUAUGCUAGGACCUACUAUUGCGACAGUACCAGUGCGUGUGCGUUUUCAGAAGGAACUAACUGUGCGAGCUCUUCUUGAUACAGUGCAGCAGCAAGCGACCGAGAUGAUUCCAUAUGAGCAAACAGGACUGCAGCGGAUCGCCAAGAUGGGAGUUGAUGCACAGCACGCCUGCAGCUUUCAGACGCUAGUAGUAGUGCAGCCAGCUAAUAGCCAUCUGGAGAUGAAUAAAGAGCUAGGGAAAUGGCAUAGUCGUUCAGAGCUACAGGACUUUACGACGUAUGCGUUAACGGUGCAGUGCACACUAGCGGUAGAAGGAGUUCAGAUCACAGCUAGUUUCGACUCAAGAGCGAUAGAGCGAUGGCAGGUAGAGAAGAUAAUAGGCCAGUUCAGCUUCGUCAUGAAACAGAUGGCGGAAGCUGACAACGCCAAGGUCCCAGCAGUGGUGGUGCGGUGUGUGCACGACCUGUUUAUGGAGCAGGCAAUGGCACGGCCCACUGCGCCCGCUAUCUGCGCGUGGGAUGGCGAGAUGACGUACGGCGAGCUGGACGCGCUGUCCUCUAGGAUAGCCGGCCAUCUAGUUGAACUGGGAGUCAAGCCAGAAGUUAUUGUCCCCCUCUGCUUUGAAAAGUCGAUGUGGACAGUGGUAGCAAUGCUCGCUGUGCUUAAGGCUGGCGGGGCGUUCGCACCUCUCGACCCAGAGCAUCCAGCAAGUCGGCACGAGGAGAUCUUUCGGCAGACCAAGGCAAGGGUAGUGCUGGCCUCAGAGCGGCACACGUCUCUCUGCAAAAGAGACGGUCGCGCCGUUGUAACAGUCAAUAAAGCAUCGGCUUAUCAGCUGCUCAGCGAGGCCAGCGAGCGGAGAGUGCACCCGAAUGCACAGUCCGCAACAAUCAAUUAA